GUCAAUGUUUACAGUAAGCUGCAUGUGUUUUGAAAUGCGGAGACUAGUGAGGUGAAUUAAAUUUCACAUGUACGCAUGCGAAGGACGCGAAAUUUAAUUUAAUUUACAAGAUAGACAAUAUUUUGUAAUUGUUUACUAUAUUUAAAAUGACAGAAUUCAAACCUCUAGAAAUAUUUGAAUAUCCGCGUGUCGGUGCUAAAGCUACAGAAGAUAAUUUGUAUUGGAAAAAAUUAGGAUUUCCAUGUGCAUUCAAAGAAUAUGGUGCUAUAGAUUUUAUUGACUUCUGCACAGAAGAGCCUUACAAUGUUGCUGUUACAUGUUCUUCAAAAGUUCAAAUAUACAGUACCACAAGCAACUCUUUACAAUCAACUUUAUCACGGUUUAAAAAAACUGCAUAUGGUGGUGUUUUUCGAAAGGAUGGAAAGCUUUUGCUGGCAGGUAGUGAUGAUAAUUUUGUACGUCUGUUUGAAGUGAAGUCCGGCAGAUUGUUGCGUGUCUUCAAAGGACAUAAGGCGGCUGUUCACCGUUGCAAUUUUACUGCAGAUGGAACCCAUAUUGUAAGUUUUUCUGAUGAUAAAUCAGUGGCUUUGUGGGAUAUACCAACAGAAACCAAAUUAAAGAGCUUUGAAGAACAUCAGGAUUAUAUAAGAGCUGGAGCAGUUAGUCAAGCCUCUCAAGAUGUAUUUAUUUCAGGUUCAUAUGAUCAUGCAGUAAAAAUGUAUGAUGCCCGUAGUGGAUCAUGUGUAAUGUCAGUAGAUCAUGGAGUACCUGUUGAAUCUGUUCUUAUGUUUCCUACUGGGGGUCUAUUCAUCUCAGCAGGAGGUACUAGUCUAAAAGUCUGGGAUCCUAUUGCUGGCAGGCUACUCGCACAAGUUGUUCAACAUCACAAAACAAUUACUUCUUUAUGUUUUGCUAGUGGUGGCCGGCGCUUAAUGUCUGGAUCGUUAGACAGGCACAUAAAAAUAUAUGAUGUCACCUCAUAUGAAGUUGUGCACACAUUGAACUAUUCAUCACCUAUCUUAAGUGUUGCAGCAGCUCCUGAAGAUAAAGUGGUUGCUGUUGGUAUGACAGAUGGUUUACUAUCAAUUAAGCAUCGGAAAACAGAUAAACCACCCGAAGAAGAAACAAAAAACAAAAGUGUAUUUUAUCAGUACCGUUUAUAUGGAACAGAUUUCAAACCGGCUGAUGGAGAUAUUAUUGUUCCUGUUAAACAGAAGAGACUUUUGAAGAGAUAUGAAAAUCAUUUAAGAAACUUUGAAUCAAGUAAAGCACUUGACGUUGUUUUAAAGGAUAAUGUACAGGCAAAGAAUCCAGAAAUUACAAUUAGUGUUUUAAUGGAAUUAAUAAGAAGGGGUUCCGUAAGAGCUGCAAUGGCUGGCAGAGAAGGAGAAUCCUUGCUUCAACUGCUUAAGUUUGUUACAAAAUAUAUUGGUGAUCCUAGGUUCAUGAGAGUGCUGGUUGAUAUAGGGCUAAUACUUAUAGAAAUAUAUGGGCCCAAAUUUAAUGAUCCUGAAGUAAAGCAGCGAUUCCAGUAUCUCUUACAUUCAGUUGAAAAUCAAGUACAGUACAUGAAAGAAAUGAUGGAAGUUCAGGGAAUCAUUCAAACAGUUUUAGCUUCAACAUAUUCAUAUGAUAAUAAUGAAGAUUUAGUAUUGUCUUCUGGGCUAUCAAAGAGCAGUUUUGCUUUUUCUUGAUAAUUGUAAAUAAAUAGAAAUAAAAUAUUUUUUAUUAUUUUCAAA